AUGUCUGCUGCGAAGUUUGAGUGUGCUUCCUACAAGCAUUUUGAACAGCCCGACUUCCAUCCUCAAAGGCCAAUAAUCAUCGGCGAGGAAGGCCUCGACUCACCAGAGACGGUGACCCUCAAGUACGAAGAGGCGGUCGCAAGGGCAAACGGAGACCUUCGGGGUGACUCCCCGCCAGGUGGUCUCCUCCCCAUGUCCCAUUACGGGAAACACCAGCCAGGCCCAAUCCACGGGUACGACUCGACCCGCGGGUAUGAGGAUGCCGCCUAUCAACAGUAUGGCGCGCAAGCUUAUCCCGCCCAGCAUGGCGGGGCAUCUCAACUCACGGCGGCCCAGAUGAACCAGAGCGCGUUCGCGGCCAACAGUGCGGUGGCACCGUACAUGUCUGUUGGCAAUGUCGGCCUAUCGGUGGUUUCCUUUCAGCCAAGCUCUGGGAUCGCCGGCACGAAGGUGCUUGUGAAGGUCUCGUCGCCGUACGAUCUCCUUACAGUGGCGCCGUACUUUUCCCUCGUCUUUGGAGCCAAUAAGGUCCCGGCAGAAACUAUCAAGGACGACAGCUCCACGAUGUUGACUGUCUCGGCGGAUGCGCCUCCUUUCGUGAUCACCAGCUGCCCCAGCGAGAACGUGCCCGUUUCGCUCCUGAUUGAGACGGAAAACGGGGACGAAGUCUCGAGGACGGCGGUGGGCCUGUUUGUAUAUCACGAAGCACCCUUGGGCGGCCCAGGUGCUAGCUCGGACGACAUCACGAGGAAGGUAUCCAAGUCACCUGAACAACAACAUCAGUCACCCAGGUCAGCAAGCACUCAGCUGGGUAACGAACCCAGUACAAAUACCUACGACUUCGCAACCGCUCCGCAACAGUCGGCGCAGGCUCCCUAUGGAAGCAGCUUUUCGCAAGACCAGAACAACAGCAUGCUCAGCGCCUACCGAACCAACUCCUUUACGGAGCAGCACUACCCCCGCGCCGUGCCGCCGCCGUUGCGACCGCCGAUGGCUGGUUGGCAGGCAUACCGAAACCCGGGUCCGCCCAUCACGCACACGCAAAUCUCACGCCCAAGCUUGACCCCCUUGCCCAUGCCAUCGGCCACAACUCCCCAGCUUGUCAGGACCAGCUCCAUCCCCAGCUCACCUGGCGGGGGCCAAAGUUCAGGAUACAGCCACUGGGGAUCCUACUCCAACAAGGCUGUUUUGAAGAUUGUUGGCAAGCUCGACACCAUGGCGGUAGACUGGUCACCCGAGGAAUGGUCCAACCGGAGACGUAUCGUCAUGUUCAACAAGAAGCAAACGGGUUCAACACUUACGUCGACAUUCAGGGCCGUCAACGUCAACGAGCGACCGCCCAACAGUAUCUGCAUCAGCUGCAUUUGGUGGGCGGAGAAGAACGAGUGCUACGUCACGUCUGUCGACACCAUUUACCUGCUUGAACAGCUUGUUGUGGCCCCGGCCAGGUUCACAGUUGAGGAGAAGAACCGCAUCCGGCGCAACCUUGAAGGUUUCCGUCCUCUGACUGUCAGCAAGGCCAAGGCGGACUCGGAGGAGUUCUUCAAGAUUAUCAUGGCUUUCCCCAACCCCAAGCCGAGGAACAUCGAGAAGGACGUCAAGGUGUUCCCGUGGAAAAUACUCGAGUCGGCACUCAAGAAGAUCAUUGGCAAGUACAGCGCCAGCCCUUCAUCGACGCUUCCCGCAUCUCACCUUUUGACACCCACGCCCGUCGGCGUCUACCCGCCUCUGCCGACGCCACCGGCCCCGACGAUUGCGUCGGACCAUGUCAGUGCCUACGGUGUUCCGUCUCAGGUCCACCACGAAGGAUUGACGUCGCCCCGAUCCAUCGCGGGCAGCACGCACAGUUGGCCCGCGUAUUCGACCGCGCCCCCGCGAACACUCUCACCCGCGCUCACAGCCGUGUCUCCACGACAAUCUGGUCUGCGCCUGGCGGCACCUCUGCCAGCUGUUACAGGCUAUGACAGUCGCUCGAUGCCGUCUGGCUCGUACGGGAACGGAUUGCACACGCCGAUCGGACACCAGCACACGCCUCCGCCGGCACCUAGCAGAUGGGACACUACGAUACCAGCAAUGCACGCUCCUACAACCUACGCCGAGCAGUAUCAGUCCAUGACGGCACACCACGCCCCGAGCCAUCAAGUGUACGGUGGUGGCGGCUAUGGAGACGGGGCGCAACGGGCAUGA